AUGGGGACUGUUGUGCUCUGUCAGCUUGAUGCGCCAGGGGCUACGUGGGCGGUGGAAGGACUGCUGACUAUAGGACAGUUUCAUCAACCUUAUCAUCAAGACAGUUUCUUUCCUUACUCCUACAUACCGACCUCAUCCCAGAACCACAGCACUUUACCAACAAAAAGUUUCGAUCGGAUUCCAGUCCCUUCCAGAACAUGGCCAGGUUCUCUUGGGUUGCUUCCAGGGCAUGAGGCUUCCCCAACUUUUCCAAACAGAGGGGCUGCCUUUACGGCACCCCAGAGGUUUUCAACAGAGGUCACGUACACGCUCCAGCCUGUCACCUCUCUUCUGCCACUUCAGCAAGGCUCCCAAACCAUGGCCACUUCCCUUCCAAAAUACAGCAGCUACACAUCUUCAAUGCAGUACUCACAAGCCUACUAUCCAACAGCUGCACUGCAGUGUUGUUCACCACCUGCCCACACAGAUCCUCUGACUGGCUGCGCUAGUCCUGCAGCUUCGACAUACACCUACUGCAGCUUUUUCCAGAGUCCUCCAAUGCCUUCACCUUACGCAACUGAAUUUCUGCCCUCUAACUGGCCUGGUGAUACUGAUGAAAACAAGAAGACAGAUGAAAAUCUUGAAGCUCUGUUUCAGGUUGCCGAUGAGAUAUGUUCAUCACCCAAAGCUGAACUGGUGAAAGUAGAACCUGUGGAGAGCCAGUGUUCAACCCCUCAGUCUAACAGGGGUCAACCACUGCUGGUUAAUAUUGAGAAUAGUGAUACACCUUCUUCAACUGGGGAAAGCCAACUGGAAUCUCUUAGUCCUGUGGCUUCAGAUACAUCAUUUGUGGUGGGAGCAGAUCAAGCAGCAACAUAUUCUCCAUCACAGCCUUCUGAAUUUCUUUGUGCUACCCAUGCCACUGCGUCUGUAGAAAGUGCUGCUGCUGGAAUAGUGCAAGAAUUUGUGACCACACAGGAAGCACGAGAAAACCUGAGAGAGCAACCAGAUCACUGCCCAGCUCAAUCCUCUGUAAUGUUUGAUCAGGAAGGACCAUUCGGUCCCGAGCAGGAGAAUACUAGUGUUGAAUGUGAAUCCAGUACGUCAGAGACGGAAGAGAGAGGCUUCACUUCAGGAACUGAGCCUGUGAACAAAUCUGUAGAAAAGGCAGAUUCAUCUGUACAACGUAGAAGCAGGAAAAGAAGACACAGUUCCCCCAACAGCAAGUCCCCUGAUCUCCAUCUGCUGGUGGAUAUACCCUGCAAGCAGGGGUACUUUCCGAAGGAAGAAACAAGAGAGUGA